CCUCGUUAUCACAAUGGAGAGGCAGAACAAAAAUCUCAAGCUGUAUUUAAGUGGGUCCUAUGUCCCUACUGAGUAAACACUCGCUCUAAGCCCCACAACCGAUUCCCCCUACUGUACUUAUGAAGAAAUGGAGGAUGCUUUCUCUCGUUUUCCAGGCUUCCAGCCUAACCCGUCUCUCUCUGCAACUGAGGAAUUUUCUCGUCUAGCACAUCAUAUGAAUUGGACUACUGGCUCCAAAAAGUACAGAAAAGAAAGGGUCAAAUUCGCAAGCACUGAGUUUGAACGUUAUUAUCAUAUUGGCAAUAAACUUCAAAACUACCGAGCUCUUUGUCAGGAGUUGCGGGUCGAGGGGCCUCUAACUAGCGUCACACAGUGUCGAAAGGCUCUUGCUAAAGUGCAUGUCAACAUAUUUGAUCUGAUCGAUUCUCGCCGCACAGGAGCGGCGGUUCAAAGGUUUCCUAACCAAGCUGCGCUCAGGAAGUACACCAAAGACACCGAAAAGAUAUUCCCAAAGCAAGCGGCCAAAGCAGACGGCUUUCUCAAGGAACUACUGCGCAGGAUCUUGUGAUCGUGAUUCUUUGAACGUGAUAAUAGGGGAACCUUACUUCCUGGCUAGAAGCUUAUGGCUGGAUUGUACUUCAGAUUCCAGAAUGUUCCCUCAUUUGUGCUCUCUCAUUCAUAUGAUGUGCUAGACGAGAAUACUCAUUAGUUGCAGAGAAUGGAUUAACUUGGAGCCU